CGUUUUUUUCACUGCCUCGGGCUUGACGUCGCCUGGGCUAGCCUGUAGCUCGUUAGCAUUGAAAACGUGAGCCGAGGAGCCAGCGGCGGAUUUCUGACUCUUUCUCAACGCGCUCGUGUCUUCUCUCACAUCCGGAGGAAAGCGGAGGAGAUCCGGAUUCUCUCCCAACACCCGGACACACGUGACAUUUCCGGGGAGAUUCCCCAUUUUGUUGUGAAAACUCGCGACGCAGGAGGAGCAGCAACAACCGGGAGCAGGAGCUGAAUGGCUGAAGGCUCCUCAGAACCACCUGACUUCAAUCCUAAUGGGACGUCACACGAAAAGCCUUAUCAGCACAAAUCCAGACGAGGUCGACCCAGAUACAACAAUGACAGAAACCUGAGCGGCAACAGCUAUGAUCCUUCUCAACAAUUGGGACACCUGCAGCAGUGCUUUAACCCCCCGUCCAGUUCUAAUAAUUCAAAUCAUGCAGAGCAUCAGCAUCCUCCCUACGAGAGAGAGGAGGGAGCCAGAAGACGAGGCAGAGGGGAGGGGGGAGGGGGGGGGAGAGACGGGAAUAGAGACGUAAAUGGAAGCGCCGGCUCCGGCUGGCAAAGACCUGGAGGUGACUAUUCCUCCCACAGUGGCAGCAACAGAGGGGCAGGUGGCUACCACGUAGGUGCACAUCCCAUGGAUAGACCCGAUAGGACGAACUGGCGGAGAGAAGAUGUGAGUCGACAUUCAGAACACGCCAGUGAAGACCAGGACACGUGGGCGAAAAAACCCAGGAAGUUUGUCCAGGAGCAGAGGAGAGGAGAACAAAACAUGAGGGGAACCCACGUAAAGGAGAACAACACCUCAGGAGAAUAUCAGAGGUCAGAUGACGCCAGAGCAAAGAAACAGCCGUCAGAAAUACGAGAGAGAACUCAGAGGAACAGAGCAGGUCCAGACUUUCAGCUUGAUGAUCAUCAGAGGAAAGACACUGAGACAAAGAGACGACAAGGACCGAUCAAACCGCCUAAACCAGCGUCUCAAGAGGAGGUGGGUUCAGAGGGGGGAGCCGCUGGUCGAGAGACCUCGGACCGCAGCCGAUCAUCUCAGAAUGCCACUGGUAAAGCUGGAGGAGGUUCGGGGAGACAGCCCCCCCUCCAGGUCCGAGGAGGGAGACGGACACAGCCUCAAAACCACAGACCUGAUCCGAGGAAGUGGGACAAGAUGCCACAGAGCAAAGAGACACAGACAGGGUGUCUGAUUGAACAGCUCUCCGAAGAGAAGUAUGAGUGCAUGGUGUGCUGCGAUAUCAUCCGACUCAUGGCCCCGGUGUGGAGCUGCCAGAGCUGCUUCCACGUCUUCCACCUGAACUGCAUCAAGAAGUGGGCUCGCUCUCCGGCCUCUCAGGCGGACGAUUCAGAAGAAGGUUGGCGUUGUCCAGCGUGUCAGAACGUGUCACUGAAAAGCCCGACCUUCUACACCUGCUUCUGUGGUAAAAUGACAAACCCGGAGUGGCAGCGCACUGAGAUUCCUCACAGCUGUGGUGACCUGUGUGGAAAGAAGAGAAGUGGAUUGGACUGUAACCACCCCUGUAACAUUUUAUGUCACCCUGGGCCUUGUCCACAAUGUCCCGCCUCCAUAACCAAAUCCUGCGUCUGUGGGAAGACCAGUCAACCGAUGCGCUGCGGCCAGGCCACCGUGCUGCAGUGUGCCGCCGUGUGCAGUGCUUUACUCAACUGUGCACAACAUACCUGCUCACAGGUGUGCCACAGCGGAGCCUGUCAGCCCUGCCCCCUGCAGGUUCAGCAGGUUUGUUACUGUGGCGUCACAACUCGCACAGUCCUCUGUGGGACAGAUAGAAGCGGGUUUAACGGUUCGGGACAUUUCUCCUGUCAAAAAUUAUGUGGAAAGAUGUUGGACUGUGGGGCCCACAGUUGUCAGCAGCUGUGCCACCGCGGCCCAUGCCAGCAGUGCCCGCGCUCCCCGACCCUGGUGAAGACUUGUCCCUGUAGCCAGACGCUGCUGUCCAAACUCCUGGAGCUGGGCUACUCGGAACGACAAAGCUGCUCCGACCCCGUCCCUUCCUGUGGAAAGACGUGCAACCAACCUCUGGCCUGUGGCUCCAGUGACACCAUCCAUCUGUGUGAGAAGCUGUGCCACGAGGGCAGCUGUGGACCCUGCUCGCUGACCUCCACUAUCAGAUGCAGAUGUGGAUCUAAGACCAAGGAAGUCCCAUGUGUGACAAUCCAGAAAGAGGAGGAGCUCGUCUUCACCUGCGAGCGGCGCUGCAACAAGAAACGCUCCUGUGGCCGACACAAGUGUGGGGAGCUGUGUUGUGUGACUGGGGAGCACAAGUGUCUCCUGAUCUGCGGCUACAAGCUCAACUGUGGCCUCCACCGCUGCCAGGAUCCUUGUCACCGUGGCAACUGUGAACCCUGCUGGCAGUCCAGUUUUGACGAGCUGACGUGUCACUGCGGGCUCUCCGUGUUGUACCCGCCCAUCUCCUGUGGCACCAAACCCCCCGAGUGCAAGAGUGUGUGCACGAGAAGACACGAGUGUGAUCACCCAGUGUUUCACAACUGCCACAGUGAAGAGAAGUGUCCACCGUGCACGUACCUCACUCAGAAAUGGUGCAUGGGGAAGCACGAGCAACGCAGCAACAUCCCAUGUCAUCUGCAGGAGAUCUCCUGCGGCCUGACGUGUAACAAUGCGCUGCCGUGUGAAAUGCACCGCUGCAGACGGAUCUGCCACCGGGGCGACUGCUUGGCAGAAGGCAGCUGCCAGCAGCCCUGCACGCUGCCUCGUCCAGACUGUGGCCACCCGUGUGCUGUACCCUGUCAUAAAGGCAGCAGCUGCCCACGCAGCACCUGCACUGCCAAGGUCCCUCUACAGUGUGAUUGCGGCCGAAGAAAGGAAAAAGUCAUCUGCCAAGAAGCAACCAGUUCCUAUCAGAGGUACACGGCCAUCUCCAUGGCCAGUAAACUGUCGGACAUGCAGCUCGGCGAGUCCAUGGACAUCGGCCCGCUCCUCACCAAGAAGGAGCUGAAACAAACCAGGCUCGAAUGUGACCUGGAGUGUGCCACGUUAGAAAGAAACCGGCGCCUGGCCGAGGCGUUACAGAUAGACUCGACCUCUGACCCCUUCAACGUCCGCUCCGCCUCUGUGUACAGCGACAGCCUCAAAGACGACGCCAGGAAAGAUCUGAGAUUUGUCACCGACGUAGAAGAAGAGAUCAAGAAUCUCGUGGAGCUGGUUAAUAAGGGAAAACAGCCAAAGAGGAGCCACUGUUUCCCGCCCAUGAACCGAGAGCAUCGGAAGAUCAUCCACGAGCUGUCCGAGGUCUACGCCGUGGAGAGCGUGAGCUACGACAGCGAGCCCAAACGCAACGUGGUCAUCACAGCCCAAAAGGGGAAGUCGACAUGUCCAAACUCAACCCUGACGUCACUGAUAGACAGAGAGUCGGUUUCGAGGGCCCCGCCUCCCAUCGCUCAUAUCAAACAACAGAGCAGCAAGGUCACCAGCGGAGCUUCCUGGUCCAAGAUGGUUAAAGAAGAGCCUGUGAUCGAUUAUUUUGACGUCCAGGACUAAGACAGAACAAACCUCAGGAUCUGCUCAGAAACAUCUCUUUGCAUCUGCCAAAACUUUUACUGUUGUGUUCAUCAAGGAUCAAUAAGAAUCCCUCUAGCUUCAAAUCUAAUAAAAUAUAAUUUUAAUAAAAUCUCUCAGAUGUGAUUACCUCCCCGAAUCUCAGGGGAGGAAUAGAAGGAAUGCUGAGCGAAGUCAUCUCAUGAAUUAAGAUAUUAAAGUGGAUCUGAACUUGCUCAGAUUCUGAAGGUGAAA